AUGGCAGAGGGACUCCCCAUAGAGCUGCUGAGCCAUGAUAUCUACAGAGAGGAUGAUGGCAGUUUGUCUUAUCCAGAAGCAGAGUCUGGUACUACUCAGAACUUUAUGGAAUUUUCCAACAUCUUCCCUGUGGAAAAGCAGUUUGAUCCCUUCCAGCAAAUUGUAGAUUAUCCAGAAAGUGUAAGUCAAUACAGUGAGGGGCUGCUCAGUCCAGUGUCAGAGCCAAGUGGUCUUGAAGAAUCUGAGGCAGAGAAUACCACAGUCCAGUGUGGAGAUAAUGUGGCAGAGAGUAUUAGAGAUCUCAGAACACUGAGAACCAACCCUUCCAAGGAGACAGAAUUCGAGCCAGAUGACCAGGAGAUUGCCCAGGACACAAUCCCUGACGUUUAUUGUCAGUCAUGUGAUAUCCCGAUUCCUGCCUUUGAGAAGCUCUUUGGAUUCCAUAAACACCAUAGUGUGAUCCCAUUAGCAGAGGGUGCAGCGGCUGCCAAGCUGAAGUGUCAGAAUAAUCUGAAGAAACUGGAGCACCAACUAAUACAGAUGGAGACAUUUUCUAAUCACCUGGAGGAAAUCUUUGUCACCGUUGAAGAGAACAUUGGUAAACAGGAGCACUACCUGGAACUGCAAUAUGAUGACUUGAUGCAGUUUCUAGUUCAGCGAUUUGAGGAUAGGAGCCAGGGACUGGAGGAGGAGAAGAAGCUGAAGCUGGAGAAGUUGUAUGAUUUGCUGGUGAGCUGUGGGCACACCAUGGAUGACUACAAGGAACUGAUGGAAUCCACUGACACGCUCUUCAAAACUGAAGACAAGCAAACCUUCCUGAAGAGUGGACAAACAAUACUGGCCAGACUAGAGGAUUUUCUCCAAGAGGUGUUGAACCCAGAGCUUCCAACAGCUCUUGAAUUUGAGAAUUUUCCAACAGAUAUGGCUGAGGUGCAACGAUUAAUUGACUCAAUCAGCAGCAUCCCAGUGCCAUCUGCACCUUCGAUGUGUCCCCAGUGCCCUGACACAGCAACCUCCACCUCAGUGAAAGUCCGCUGGAGCCUUUCAGCUGACGAUACUGUGGAACAUUAUCAGUUGUACUACAGAAAAUUAGGAGACAACACUCAAGACAAGGAGACUGCAGACACGUCGCUGAGAGUGAAGGAAAUGUUCUGUACUGUGAGGAAUCUGCAGCCUGGCUCCCUGUAUCUGUUCUGGGUCACAGCCACCAACUCUGCUGGGACAAGUGACGAGAGUGAUCGGGCAGAGUAUAUGACAGUUCCUCCAGCUCCGAGGAUCAGCAACAGAGCAGUAGCAGUCUGCCAGAGUGCCGUCUUCAUGGAGUGGGAGCCCAGGAUCUAUGGCCCCCCACAGACCUACACCCUGGAGUUCUGCCAAGUCUGCAGUGGCUGUGAUUGGACGGAAUCACUCACUGAGUCUGUGACUGGGGUAACUUCAUGUAAAGCAUUAAUUGAACUGGAGCCCGGUGAAAGCUACAGCUUCUAUGUCAGAGCAGUGAAUGGAGGAGGCAGCAGUGAGAGGACUGAGCCCAUAACUGUUCGAACCACAGGUACCCAGCUUUAUCUGAUGGAGCAGACUGCACAUCUCUCGCUCUCAAUCCUGCAGGAUGGACUGACCAUAGUUUAUAAUGAGGAAAGUCUGGUGACAGAUCCUCUCACUACCCAUGAGAGAUUCACAAGUGCUCCCGCUGUCAUGGCACAGUUGGUGCCAGUUCGAGGAAGACAUUACUGGGAGGUGGAGGUGGCUGAGGACGUGGAGUAUAGGAUUGGAGUUGCCUUCAAAGACACCCCACGGGACAGUCGCCUGGGAUCCAACAUUACCUCCUGGUGCAUGAGGCACAUCCUCACCCCAUCCAGGAGUAAGUUUGAAUUCCUUCACAAAGGGCAGACUCCAGACCUGAGAAUCACCGUCACUCCAACUAGAAUUGGAAUUCUCCUGGACUACACCACUGGGAAACUUUCCUUCUUCAAUGUCAACAUCUGUCAACUCCUCUUCACCUUCUCACAGCACUUUCAGAAUUUGGUCAAUCCUUGUUUUGCUUUGGAAAGUUAUGGCAUUUUAAAAAUCUGUCAUAAUAUUCCCUUCCCUGAGUUCACAAAACUCCUGUGA